GGCGUUUUGACGACAACAACGGAGUCUCUCUCGUGUUUGCUGUUUCCUUUUUCUCUGCGGUGGUGCAAACACUUCCUGUUUCAGCGCGGUUUCGUGUUCACUUUGUUUAAAGUUUUAAACUGACGCAAAUACGUUGUUUACAUCGGUUUAAUCGGAUAAUUUGGAAUUCACGCUCUCUGGAUCUUCGUUGGAGGCAAAUUUGACGAAAAUGAGCUUCCUAUUUGGCAGUCGGUCUUCAAAGACUUUUAAACCAAAGAAAAACAUUCCAGAGGGUUCUCACCAGUAUGAGCUCUUGAAACAUGCUGAAGCAACGUUGGGAAGUGGCAACCUUCGAGCUGCUGUAAUGUUACCAGAAGGAGAAGACCUUAAUGAAUGGAUCGCUGUUAAUACGGUCGAUUUCUUCAACCAGAUCAAUAUGUUGUAUGGCACAAUCACUGAGUUCUGCACAGAGACCAACUGCCCUGUCAUGUCUGCAGGGCCCAAGUAUGAAUAUCACUGGGCUGAUGGUACCAACAUAAAGAAACCGAUCAAAUGUUCAGCUCCAAAAUAUAUCGACUACUUGAUGACUUGGGUCCAAGAUCAACUGGAUGACGAAACCCUAUUUCCUUCCAAAAUUGGUGUGCCUUUUCCAAAGAACUUCAUGUCAGUGGCUAAAACUAUUCUGAAACGUUUAUUCAGAGUCUAUGCUCAUAUUUACCACCAGCACUUUGACUCUGUGAUGCAGUUACAAGAGGAGGCCCAUCUCAACACUUCCUUCAAGCAUUUCAUCUUCUUUGUGCAGGAAUUCAACUUGAUUGACCGCAGAGAGCUGGUUCCACUGCAGGAACUUAUCGAGAAACUAGGCACCAAGGACAGAUAAAAAAACACCACAUAAACAUAUAUAUUACUGAAGUAUUUCUUCUUUUCCUUUUAGAGAAUUUUAAAGCCACAGUCAGAACAUUUUAGGAGUAGAGGUUAUAUUUUAAUAAUAAGCUGACUGUAGAUUAACAGAUUGUAUCUACCAAAAUCAUUUUAGGGUGACUUUUUUUUUUUUUUUUUUUGCCUUUGAUUUUUUUUUUUUUUAAUUUGGGUUUCAUGAUGUAUACAAAUGUUGGACGAAUUAGGACAGGAGAUAGAAAACAGAUAGAAACUGCAGGCAGAUUUUUUAAUUAAAGAUUUCUUAUUGUUUUAUAUUCUAGCAUCUUUAUAUAAGGGAAAAGAAACUAUACAACCUUUUACAGUUUCGUAUUAAAGGUAAAUUAAGUAAAAGCUAUUUGUUUCUGGGAUCAGCACAUGUGUUGUUGUGACCCUUGUUAGGGUCUAACAUUCCUUUUAUGCUGAAAAGGUUUUUAGGUCAGUAUUUUUGCUUUGAAAUUUACACUCACUGAGUAGUUUAUUAGAAACUCUAUAUAAUAACACUUGAUUUAGCCUCCCUUUGUUUUAAAAAUGGCUUUAAUUCUUUGUCAUUAAUUCAUCAUUCCUUUGAGAUUCUGGUCCAUGUUGACAAGGAUCUUUAAGGUGAACUUUAAUGCUGUCAAUCUCCUGUUCUACCACAACCCAAAGGUGUUCUUCUGGAGUGGGAAGGUCACUGAAAAUCACUGAUUUUAUUUUUACAUUUGUGAAAUGAGUUUGAGACGACUUUUGCUUUGUGACAUGGUGUAUUUUCAUGCUGGAAGGAGCCAUCAGAAGAUGGUGAUUGUGAUCAUGAAUGGAUGCACAUGAUCGGCGACAAUACUCAAAUAAGCUGUGCCAAGAAAACAUUACCAAUUCUCCACCACCUCUGUGUAUCAGCUGAAAUCAGGAUUCAUCACAGAAGGGUACAGUUUUCUAGUCUUUAACUUUUCACUGUUUGAGUCUGUGCCAACUGCAGCCUCAUUUUCUGUUUUUGUCUGACAGGAGCCUAAGCCAACAUGGUGUUUGACUCUUGUAGCUCCUGCACCUCAGGCUUUGACAUGUUUAUCCUGAGAUGCUUUUCUGCUCAUGACUUUUGUUCAGAGUGCUUAUCUGAGUCACUGUUACUCUGUUGACUUCUCUCAACAACACAGAGAUUCUGUCCCCAAAACUAGCCAAAUAAGUGUUUUCUUUUUUUUUUUUAUUGCAUCACUCUGUUUAAACUCUAGAGACUGAUAAUCGCAGAUCAGCAGUUUUGAAAUCUAACAUCAUAACAAGGUCAAAAUCACAGAGAUCACAAAAACACAGAGAUCACACAAUUUUCCCGAUCAUAUGUGCAUGAUGUUAUGCAUCACACUGCUGCCACAUGUUUGGUUGUUUUCGAUGAUUGCGUGAAAGAGUAGGUGUUACAGGUUCCUAAUACAGUGCUCAGUGAGUGUAAAUUGUAACAGUAAUGCUGAGGAUUUUACUCAAUAUAAAAUGCUGAUUUUUCCCUUGCUUUGAAUAUCUUCAGUGUUUUAUUUUCCUUUUAAUAUAAGGCAUUGAAAAGUAUAUUGUGUCCAAUGAAAAAUGAAAGAAUAAGUGAUCAUCUAAAUAACUUUUUUAAGAUGAGGAUUAAAACUGUAUUUGUAUCCAUAUUAGAUUGUCUGUACAUUUUUAAUGUCUUGACUGACUUGCUAUAGAGAAAAACGUGGCAAGGUUUGUCUACAUAGAAAUUAUUGUCAUUGAAUUUUCUUAAAAAGUUUCCAUAGAUGUUGAUCUACUAGUUGAACAUUUUUUGCUUCCUUUUAAUUAAAAAAUUCAAUAUACA